AUGAAAGAGUCAGAGCUCCAUGUAAUCAUCUUUAAUGAAAAGUCAAAAGCACUUAUCGAUACACAUAGAGAUACCCCCUAAGAUAAAUCAUAUUUUGAAAAUUUAAGUCCCUUAAAGUUUUCAAUUUUAGUAGAUUUGAGCUUAUAAAUACCUGUGAAAAAUAAAAUUUACUUCAGCGAAUCAAUCUUUUCAGCAGUAUUUUGGGGAGUCGCAAAUUUUAUCUUUAGUCUCUUGGAUGACACCGAUUUCGCAACAUCUUGCUUGACCUUUCCAGGUUUUCUCACAAUUUGCAUUGGUUAUAAAAUACUUCAAAUCCGAGAGCAUUAACGAAUUUCCAAAAAAAUUAUUUUUGAAUAGUUCUUUUCUAAAUAUUUUGACGAAACUGGCUCAAGAGUAAACUUCUUCAAUAUUUUUCACAUGAUAAUUCGAUCAUGCUUAUUUUUUGGACUCUCAUUAUUAGUGAUACUUGCAUCGGGAUAUGCUUAGAAAGCGAAAAUAAAUUUCGGUAUCGUAACAAGCUGCAUUAGUUUUAGUAUUGUCUUGAGUUCCAUCUUCAGCUAUAUUUAUUAUGACGAGAAGCUAACCAAGACUCAAAUUAUUGGAAUGAUUAUUAUUAUAAUAAGUAUAGUAGGUAUAUCAUUUUCAAAAGGAAAUAAAUCCAUUGACUAAGCCGAUAAUAGAUUCACUGAGGAAGAAAAACAAUAUUAUAAAAUAAUAUCAAUCGCUCUUGCGCUAACUUGUGGAUUUGUAAAUUUUCUUAGAACUUUUCAAGCUAAAUAUAUUUACAAAAAAAAUGGCUAUUAGCCAGUUGACCUAUCAGUCGAUUGCGGCUUAUUUUUAGGGCUAAUGACUAUGAUUUGCAGUAUAUAUUACUGGCUAACAGGAUGCAAGUCUUAUACUUGGUAUAAUUUUGGAAUUAACAUCAUUGCUAGCCAUAUAAUGAUGGUAUUAAGUAUAGUAGCGUUGAAGUGCUUAGUCAAAGGUUUGGCAGGUCCAACUGGGGCCAUUAUGUAUACAUGUCCAGUUUAUACAUCUAUUUUAGCUGCCAUUUUCUUAAAAUAGAUCCCAUCUAUUUAUCAAAUAAUUGCAAGUCUACUAGCAAUAUUAGGUGUAGCGAUCAUCAUUUUAGGCAGCAGUAAACAAAGAUGA